UGGAAUUCCACUUCAGGAAACAUCUUCACUCCCCUUCGUGUUUACUUUCUGCUCUCUUUCCCUCGUGUUUCGUAUUAUAUACUAUAUAGACCACUGGACAACACAAAACCAUUUCAACAACAAAGUUUCUUACAAAUUCCAUAUAAAGAAAACCCUAGAAACCAAAUGUUUUCAAGGAAAUUGAUGCAGAAAGCGAAAGAUGAAAUUCUGUUUCUUGAAUAAAGAUUGAUCCUUUUUUCAUCUUCUUUGUUAUGAAGGUUGAUUCAAGCUCUCAUGGAGGUUCUUUAAUGGUGUACGAAACAUCUGUUGCAAGAAAAUCUAUUUAAAAAGUUAAUUUCACACAAGUUGGAUCAAGAUUCGCGUAGACAUAUUGAAUUCUAAAGUACCCAGAUCAAGAAAAUGGAUGAAAAUCAGAAAUUUGAACAAAUUUGGGGAUUUAGAAGGAACGUUGAUUCCUCUAGCGAUGAUUCAAAAUCAAAUUCUGAUGUGGGCCAUACUCAAGAAAAACUUCUAUUGGUUCCUAAUUUGGUUUCUCCUGAAAUCGAUCGAGUGAGUGAAACUUUUCAAGUUGAAAAAAAGCCAAAAAGAAUCCGUGACACACCAAAAAAGGAAAAGAAAAACAAAAGAGAAGUGAAGACAAAAUCAAAGAAAGAUUCUUGUGCAUCUUCUAACAUAAAGAAGAAAGACAAUAGUAGUAGAAAGAAAAAGAGUAAGUUUUUAAGCCAAAUGACGGUUUCAGAUGAAUUUAGGAUCUUUACCGAAUCAAUCUUGGAUGAUCUUAGAGUUGCAAGAGAGACCAUGUUUGAUAAAAUGAAGAAAGAAAUGAAUCAAAUCAUGAAACCGAAAUCGUCUUCAAGAUCAAGAAAGAAAAAGGAAAUUGGAAAGAACCAAAACCAAAACCAAAACCAAAAUCAAAAUCAAAAUCAAAACCAGAACCAGAAUCAGAACCAGAACCAGAAACCUCGGUCAAGAAAAAGGAAGACCACUCAAGAAAAACCGAAGAAGGGUAUAGAUCACCCUCAAGAACAUGUUAACAAUGAAGAAAUAAAAGAACCCAUAUCAAAAAAUCCAAUCUUGAUAGAUUCUUGUGGUAAAAAACCGAUCUUUACUAACACCCCAGAUCAUAUUGUUACUUCUUCUUAUUUGACUUUACCAAUGGUUUUACCAAACUCAAGAUCAAAUGACACAAGUUUGAAACUUGAAAGAGGCAACUAUCAUGGGCAUCAAGGGGAAGAACGAAUUCAAUGCUUCGGGUAUAACAAUAAUGAAUCUUUGUGUGUAGGAAAUGGGUAUCCGGUUGGAUUAAACCAUCAUCAAAGAUUUGAUAAUUUGAAUAGUUUUGGGAUCCCAAAUCGAGUUUCUCAAGGGUUUUCACAUGAUGGGAAUCUUUUAGGCUCAAAGAUGAUAAAUGGAGGGAUAAGAUACACUGCUGGAUUAGGUCAUACAAUACCUAAUCAUCUUGCUUCAAAUGGCAUUCGUAGUCUUUACCCAAACUAGUGUGGAAAAAUGUGUUCAUAAAGAGGGUUUUUGUGAUUGAAAACCAUGGUUUUUUUGGUUGUUUUGAUGGUGAAUGUAGAAAAAAAGAUUUGGGGUUUGAUAGUUUUGGUAUGUUUUUUGUAGUGUUAAUGGCGUUUUUUUAUGAUCUUGAAAGGUGGUAAGGUUGACAACUUGACAUUGGACAUAUUUUGUCCUGUUUUUUCCUUAGAACAAAUAAAUGAUAAUGAAAAGGUAGUUGAAAA